AUGACGGGUGGGGACGGGGCACCCCCUGACCCGUGUCCUGCACACACAGGGGUGUUCCAGUGGAUGGGAAAACAGGACUGUCAUUUCAUCAAUGGCACCGAACAGGUGAGGUUCCUGGAGAGGCACUUCUACCACCGGGAGCAGCUCCUGCAUUUUGACAGCGAUGUGGGGGUCUAUGUGGGGGACACCCCAUUUGGGGAGAUCCAGGCCAGAGACUACAACAGCCACCGUGAAUAUCUUAAGUACAGACGGGGUCAGGUGGACACGUACUGCCGGUACAACUACAAACUUGGUACCCCGUUCAGCGUGGAGAGGAGAGGUGAGCCUGAGGCAGAGCGGGUCCCCUCGGGCCCUGCCCCGGAAAUGACCCUGGAGCCCCUCAAACCCUCCCUGGGAAUCACCCCAGACCUCUCAGCCCUCCCUCCCAGUGUGUCCAUCUCGCUGGUGCUGUCGAGCUCCCAGCCCGGCCCCGGCCGCCUGCUCUGCUCCGUGAUGGAUUUCUACCCUGCGCCGGUGCAGGUGAGGUGGUUCCAGGAUGGGCAGGAGCUGCCGGAGCACGUGGUGGCCACCGAUGUGGUCCCCAACGGGGACUGGAGCUGCCAGGUGCUGGUGAAGCUGGAAAUCCCCCCCUGGCGCGGGGUCACCUACAGCUGCCAGGUGGAGCACAUGCCACCGGACACCGUCCGCAGCAAGAUCCUGGUGGGGGUCGGGGGCUUCGUCUUGGGCUUGGUCUUCCUGGUGCUGGGGCUCGGCUUCUACCUGCGGGAGAAGAGCUCCUGA